CACGUGCCCAAACCCUAAUUGCUCGAUCUCUCUAUCCUUUCCCCUUCCCUGAUUCCUCCGAUUUCGUCUCCCGUCGCGUCCUCCUGAGCUGAUCUCCGCCGCCUCUGCUCUCUCUUCUCCGAGGCAGGAAAGAAAGAUGGAGAAAGAGACGCCGAAGCUCUCCUUCUCCUUCUCGUCCACCGCCUCCAAGCCAUCCUCUCGCUCCACCGCUACCAAGGCCGCCCGAGCGCAGGCCGAUGACGGCGGCGUCAAGCCCCAAUUCGUCACCGUCUUCGACCCUUCUGCAGCUCCCGGCCUCGGCGACGUCAAGCCCGUCAUCCCUCCGAUCCCCAACGUCGACCUCAACCCCGCCUUGAAGCGGAUGAAGAACCUCCUCCCCCUCCCCACCUCCGACGACGACCCCUCCGCAGCCGCCGCCAACACCGCUCACUUCGUCCUCGACACUUCCACCGGCGACGCCCCCGCCGGCCACAUCCCCUACGGCCUCACCCUCCGCUCCGCCGCCGCGGGCGACGCCGAUGGCGCCAGGUCCCAGCGGGAGGAGAACGGCCCUGGACGGCGCCGCGGCCGUGCCCAGGACGACGAUUUCAUGCACCGGAGAUACAGGGAGGACGUGAAGGAUCUGCCGGAAGAUCGAGGCAUGGAGGAGUUUAAAGACAUCAAUGUGGAGGAUUUUGGUGCUGCCGUUCUUGCGGGGUAUGGGUGGACGCAAGGCCAGGCGGUUGGGCGGAACAAGAAUCUGGUCGACACCAAGGUCUUCGAGUACAAGAGGAAGGGUGGCUCCGAAGGUAUUGGAUACAACCCAUCCUCGGGAGAUCCCAAGAAAAGAAGGGGACUUUGGGUUUCGGAAGAAGAGAAAGAGAAGGAAAAAGAGAAAACAAAAGAGAAGGAGAAGAUCGUCAGGGUUAUAUCAGGUCGACAUAUGGGGUCGAAAGGCAAAGUCUUGAAAAGGUCGGGUAGCUCUGAGCUAUUUUUGAAGCUGCUUGAGACUGGAGAAGAGGUCAAACUAAGGGAUGACAUGGUUGCUGAUUUGGGCUCAACAGAGGAAGAGAAGUUCUUGAGGAAAUUGAAGAGGUCAGAGAAUGAGGGCAGGGAUCAGAGGAGGGACGAGAAGAGGAACAGGCAUGAAAGGAGAGAGGAGAAGAGUGAAUCCGUGCAGGAAAGCUCCAGGAGCAAUUACCGGAGUGAGGAGAACAAAGUCCGAUGGCUUACAAGCCAUAUUAGGGUCAGAAUAGUCAGCAAGGAUUUCAUGGGUGGGAAGCUGUACCUGAAGAAGGGGGAGGUAAUUGAUGUGGUGGGCCCAACAACAUGCGACAUUUCGUUGGAUGGAAGCAAGGAGUUGGUACAAGGUGUGGAUCAGGAUAUCCUCGAGACAGCACUGCCUAAGAGGGGAGGAUCAGUGCUUGUGCUAUAUGGGAAGCACAAGGGUGUCUUUGGGAGCCUUGUCGAGAGGAACACUGACAAGGAUACUGGAAUGGUAAGAGAUGCAGAUAGUCAUGACUUGAUCAAGGUGAGGUUGGAUGCGAUUGCUGAGUAUCUUGGGGAUCCAAGUUACCUCGGCUAUUGAUUCUUGAUUUAUUCAUGUCACUAGCUGCUUAUUAGCAGCUCCCUCACUGAAGAAGGUCCACAACCAACUGAUCUUUUCUAAAUAUAUUCAAGACCUGAAUUGUUGUCUCAUCAGAUCAUGUUCUGAUGCAUUAUAGGAUGAAAGGUUCCUGCAAGUCAGGACACAGCUUGGAACGUGUUUCUGAAGGGGAGUAACCUUAGUAAUUAUGAUAUAAAUUAACCUUGAUCUCCCUAGAAAAUUGACCUAAGUUACAUUCAAUGUGCAACAUUCCAGGUGGGUUUGAGCAUGGCCAUGGGAUAUCCACUUGGUUCAUGGUAUGCUAGGAUUAUAAGAUAUGACUUUCCAUUCAUGAUAAAGAAAACAAAACAGGAUAUAUGAGAAGAGUUUGGAAAGCCGAGGUGACCCCUAGCUGUUUCCUCCUUUGGCGAUGGCACCACCUUCUCGUGUAUUAGUUUUUUUGGUUAAUUGUGUUAUGUAACUACAACCUUCAACUUUAGCCAUUUUUCUAGUCAUCAGGUUGCUUUUUUGUUGUUGCUGUUGUUAUUGUUUUUCCUUUUUUUGUGUUGGUAUGUUCCAUUAUGCUAGUUAAAUGAUGUGAAUUUCUCAAAUUUGCUUUUCCAGGUUAUCAUACACAUUUGUUGAAGUGUUGGGCAUCUAUCUUCAUUUACAAUAUGAACUCGAACCUAAAUCCUGAAAUUGAUGUCUAAUUCUACAAGUUCAAUAUAGCUGACAGGGUGCAAGUACAUAAAUUAUCACAUGAUCCCAUUUAUUGUGGUUUCUCAUUUUGAGGAUAUUUUGACUCAUUAAGUUUCUGGUGUACAUGACAAGCUGCUAACACAGUGAAAUUUGCGGUGCAACAUGGCCAUCAUGAUUAGUUGUUCUCACAGUUUUGCAGGAGGAUGCUGGAGAAGACUUUUUUGUGUGUGGAAACAUUACAAGCAAAGAAGACCUGAUGCUACAAAUUGACCUAUUUGGUGUUGCCGGAUGAGCCUGCUGUGGCCAUCUAAUGAAUGAUCUGAUGAUUCAAGAUGAAAAAUACUGUUCAUCUGGAAGUGAUAUAGUGAGGUUGGGAAGUCUUUUUGGAUAUGGAAUUUAACGAAACACCCGACUUUGCGGGGACCCUCAGAAUAAUGUAGCGAAUGACGAUUGCGGCGAGAAGAAGCCAACAAUAGUUAGUGCUCAGAGGAAGCCGCAGAGGACGGAGAGGCCGAGGACGAUGAGCCACACGAUGUGGAGGAGGAGGAAGGCCUGGCCGGAGACGAGGCCGGUACCAGCGCUGCCGACCUGGCAAGGGCCCCGCUUGGUGACGCGGACGCCGGCGCACGCCGCCUCCGGGCAGCCGCACCAGUACGUGACGCCGUUCGCACCGCACACGGGGUCCGGCCGGAAGCAGCUGACGCGGCAGGAGGGGGCCCCUCCGUCGGAUAUGGCGCCGCAGAGGUCGGCGACGGCGUCGAUGCCUUCGGAUCGGGCGGCGGGAACGAGGAGGAGGAGGAGGAGGAGGGCAGACUCCACGGCGGAGAGCCGAGGAGAGUUCGCCAUUGCCCGCAGGAGAGAACGUCCGAGGGUGCCCGAACCCUAACGAACAAAGAAAGGGAGGAAUUGGUGCUUCGACAUCCCCGAGGGGCCUUUGGAUGGAUGCUUUGCUUUCUCUCCUUUUUUCUUUAAUUCCUUUUGUCUUAUUUCUA